AUGGAGCUCUCCAAGCAGCUAAAUAGCAGUCCUAGUCUGGAAGAUCACCAAACUGAGUAUCUGGAUAAGGCUGAUUGGUGGGUGGUUAUAAAGACUAAGCCUGUGGGGAGGAUUGAGGUCGAUAAUGCAUUAGAUGUGGCGAAUCAAAAUGAUGUAACAGUUGUUCAUCAAACGGUUGACACAGAGUUAGAAAAUAGUUUGGAACAUCCUCAACACAUAUUGGAAGAAGUUGAUGACGAUGAUGGCCAGUCUGGUCAGUGGGUCUUUCAGCCGGCACCACCUCAGCCGGCAUCAUUUACCUAUCCUACUUCUAUACCUACACCUAUGUAUUGCCCACCACGUGGCAGAUCUCCUAGCACAUCGGCCACUUUGUCUUCUUCUCCUUCUCCUUCUCCAAAUGGUACACCUCCAAGUGUAUCUAAUUUGCGCCUUAGAGAUAGCAGCUCUGAGCCUGAUUCACUGCCAUCCAACCAGUCUCAGACCCAUCGUCGUCCUCCUGCACCUGCUCCUGCUCCUGCACCUGCACCUGCACCGGCUCCUAUACAGGGACCGAUACAUCAUGGUUUACAGCCGGGAGAUAGAGAUGCGAUAGGUCGGAUUUUCAUCGUGCCUGAGGGAGUUGGGAAAUUAGCUGAAACUGAGGUAAGAAGAGUUGAGGAAAGUAACACCAUGAAAGCGAAUAUUGAAUUGCUAAUGGCACAAGUUAAAAGCCACAUCGCAUGUGGACGUUUUGGUGUGCCCCCUUCUCCCCCUCCCUCUGACCCAGAAGAUGAUGAUGACGGUGAUUUCGUAGCCCGAACACCGGAUGAUCAGUUGUAG